GCUCCCGGAAGCCCAGCGCUGCUCACGCCACGUCGGUCCUGGUGCAGCCGCUGGGUGUUACCUCUGAGGACCAGCCAUGGGCAGCGGAGCACCGCACUCCGCUUCGUUGCUGCUGCUGUUUCUGCUGCUCCUGCUGCGGGCCGAGCGGCCGCGGGGCGCAGAGCUCACCUUCGAGCUGCCGGACAGUGCCAAGCAGUGCUUCCACGAGGACGUGGAGCAGGGCGUCAGGUUCUCCCUGGACUACCAGGUCAUCAGUGGAGGCCACUACGACGUUGACUGCUACGUGCAGGAUCCCCUGGGAAACACCAUCUACAGGGAGACCAAGAAGCAGUAUGACAGCUUCAUACACCAGGCUGAAGUCAAGGGCGUGUAUCAGUUUUGCUUCAGUAAUGAAUUUUCCACCUUCUCUCACAAGACCGUCUAUUUUGACUUUCAAGUGGGCAACGAGCCCCCCAUUCUCCCGGAAAUGGGGCACAGGGUCACAGCUCUCACCCAGAUGGAGUCUGCCUGUGUGACCAUUCACGAGGCCCUGAAGACAGUGAUUGACUCUCAGACGCACUACAGGCUCCGGGAAGCCCAGGACCGGGCCCGCGCCGAAGACCUAAACAGCCGGGUCUCUUACUGGUCCGUCGGUGAGACGAUCGCCCUGUUUGUGGUCAGUGUCAGCCAGGUGCUGCUGCUGAAAAGCUUCUUCACAGAGAAGCGGCCCACCGGCAGGGCAGUCCACUCCUAGUUGGGGUGUCCCGUGCCAGGGUUCCGACCAAGGUCAUGGCCUCCCAAGGGCUGUGAGUGAGACCCCAGGUGUGGCAGACGUGCACUCACCUCUCCUUCUGCUCAGGUGCUUCACCCUCGUCCCUCAGUUGUAGAGUUCACGGAGCUCAGUGGUCGGAAGACAUCUCACUACAGGACUGAAUGAAGUUCACAGUCAGGAUGUGGAUAAGCCACUGGGGUGGGGGGCGGGCCUCCUGUGCCUUAGCUGCUGGGAGCAUCUCAAGCUGCUCCCUCUGCUCCACAGCACCGGGCCACCUGGCCUGUGUCCUGUGCAGUGUGGAGAGCAGGGGGGCCUGAGUCAGGCCGUGCCUCCCUUGGAGCUCUCUGUCCUGUGGAAGUCACGCCCCCAAGGCCACUUUGCAGAAACUCCCACCCCACGGAGGGGUGGCAUGGCUGUCAGCCCUGCCUGCAGGGACAGAGUGGUGACUGGGAGCCCUGGGUCGGCUGUGCGUCUUGGAGGUAACGGGACCCUGGCUAAUAAAAGACUCAGCAUGAGUUCUGUA